CUCCUGCUCCAAUGAGAUCCUGGGCCUGAAGCUGCCGUCGGAGCCAGUGCUGAAUGCCAACACUGUGUGCCUGACCCUGCCAGGGCUGACACGGCGGCAGCUGGAGGUGUGCGUGCGCCACCCUGACGUCACCGCCUCGGCCAUCCAGGGCAUCCAGAUUGCCAUCCACGAGUGCCAGCACCAGUUCCGGGACCAACGCUGGAACUGCUCCAGCCUUGAGACCAAGAACAAGAUUCCCUAUGAGAGCAUCAUUUUCAGCAGAGGCUUUCGGGAGAGUGCCUUUGCAUACGCCAUCGCGGCCGCCGGAGUGGUGCACGCUGUGUCCAACGCUUGUGCCCUGGGCAAGCUGCAGGCCUGUGGCUGUGACCAGAAGCGCCGAGGUGAUGAGGACCGCCGCAAGCUGCAUCGUCUCCAGCUGGAGGCCAUGAACCGUGGCAAGGGCAUGGUGCAUGGGGUACACAUGGAGCACAUGCCAGCUGAGACCCCUGGCCUCCAGGACUCCUGGGAAUGGGGAGGGUGCAGCCCCGACGUGGACUAUGGGGAGAAGUUUUCCAAGGAUUUCCUCGAUUCCCGGGAAACCUACAGGGACAUCCACUCCCGCAUGAGGCUGCACAACAACCGUGUGGGCCGGCAGGUGGUGAUGGACAACAUGAGGAGGAAGUGCAAAUGCCACGGCACCUCGGGGAGCUGCCAGCUGAAGACGUGCUGGCAGGUGACACCUGAGUUUCGCUUGGUGGGGUCUCUGCUCAAGGACCGCUUCUAUGGGGCCACCCUUAUCCGGCCCCACAACCGCAAUGCCGGGCAGCUGGAGCCAGGCCAUGCUCGACAUCGCCGCCGGGCUGGCAUCAGCGAGUUGGUUUACUUUGAGAAGUCACCAGACUUCUGCGAGCGGGAACCAGCCCUGGACUCCUUGGGCACCCAAGGGCGCCUCUGCAACAAGACCAGCCCAGGCAUGGACAACUGUGAGAGCCUGUGCUGUGGCCGUGGACACAACAUCCUGCGGCAGACGCGCAGUGAGCGCUGCAACUGCAAGUUCCACUGGUGCUGCUUUGUGGCCUGUGAGGAGUGUCGCAUCACCGAGUGGGUCAGUGUCUGCAAGUAG